UCUUAAUUUUGUUACGUAAAAAACAGCGACUUACAAGAAGAAGAGAGUAAGGCAACACUGGUCUAAUAAACAGCUGUUGCUUUUGCAAAAAUUGCAUUUAUUUGUUUAUCCGAUUUUGAACUGUUUUAAAAUGGACUUGGCGGCUGCCCAAGAAGUAGACCCCGUGCUGAAGAAGGCCAUCAAGCUGCUACACUCAAGUAAUCCCACCUCGGCGGCCGAAUUACGACUGCUUUUCGAUGAGGCACUGAAAUCACGUUUUGGCCCGGAGAAAAGUUUGACCAGCAACAUGAGCCAGCGGAUGCUGGAAGAUGAGGCCAACUUUCCGGGCCGGGCUGCCACGCCCCCGCAGCAACCGAUUAAUGCGGACGAGAUCAUCAAUUUAACCAACUCCCCGGACAAAGAGCCCUCGGAUUCGGUGGACACCAUAGCCGAUUCAGAUGACGGACUGAGUGCCGUGGGAAUAGUUAACACAGGAGAUACCGGCGACUUUGGGGACCUCAAUUGCUGCGUGUGCGGUGAGAUGGUCUUCACGGCUACCAACCGGCUGAUAGAGUGCUCCAAGUGCGGUGCCAUGUACCACCAGGAGUGCCAUAAGCCACCCAUAACAAAGGAGGAGGCGGCCGACGACCAGGAGCAGACCUGGCAGUGCGACACGUGCUGCAACAAGCCCACAAGCAGUGGUAGAACCACCUCCUCUGCGCCGGCCGUCACGCCCACCGUCUUCAUAGCCGACGAACCCAUGCCGCUGACCAGCAAGGCCAAGUCCUCGGUGGCCUCGUCGCGCUCGUCCAACUCCUCCAAUUCUUCGUCGCCGUUUUACAGGCCCGAGCCCAGCAGUUCUACCAAUGCCAGCAGCAGUAGCAGCAGCAAGCACGGACACAAGUCCUCCUCAUCGUCCUCGUCCAAGUCGCACAAAGAGGAGCGAUCGUCUAAGUCGUCGGCAACGCCUUCACUUAGUGCCAUCGGGGGUCUGGAAAAGCACAGCAGCAGUGGCAGUGGCACCUCUUCGUCGCGGCGUAGCAGUUCCAGUGCCAAGACCAGUUCCAAGAGCAGCUCCUCCAAGCACCACGAAAGCGGGAGCAGCAAGCGCAGGUCGAAGCAGUGAUUAGGCACUCCCAACAAUUAAGUAUAAAGUUUAAGUCAGAAUUAUAAAUCGAUUGCAUUCUGAACAUUUGAUAACGGUAAUUGCAAGCUAUAAAUUCAGAUAAGUUUUUGAAUAUUUAAAUGUGCAUUUCUUUUAUAA